UCUCUCGUAUAGCUGACUAGGAGAAGGACGUGACGAACUGUUAGGAGAUUCAGCUUGUGGAGGACCGUUAUGCCCAUCUAGAAAAGUAAAAAAAAAAAAAAAUGGAAAAUGGAAAAAGAUAAUUUCAGCCAUGCCAUUGUCCUUACUCCGUAUGUUCAGUAAUUAUGUAAAUAGCCCUCAUACACAAGAAUAUAAACAGACACGAUCGUUUUUGCGGGCCCCAUUGAAGUAUCAGAAAGAGGCAAAAUGAUCUUCCGUACACUCACCGUCCUUUGUACAUUGGCAAUGACACUGUUUGUUAUUACCGUCGCUGGAGAAGGGUACGCGAUAGACGAGAAAAAAUUAGAUGAAACUUGGGACAGAAUCAAGAAAUCGCCAACGUCUAGUCGGACGGGGAGACAUAUUUGUCCACCUCCAUACAGCCUUAUUGCAGGCUUGUGUCUGUAUUCACCCACGUACGAUAUCACUACUUACUGCACCUGGGAGGCGGCCAGGCAGCACUGUUUAUCUUACGAUGGAGAUUUGGCCUCCUUCAGGCAUCUCAAGAACUUGAUCCUGGUUAUGGGUCACAUGAGAGCGACCCAGAGGCAAGAACGUUGGGUGGGCGGAUGGCGGCCCAACUCCUCAGUGGAAUUCGAGUGGGUGGACGGUGGAAGCCUUCCCGAUACCAAUUCGCUACUAUGGGAUUACAUCGAGGACCCAAAUUCCAACUGCCUCUCCCUCGUGAGUGGAAGAAAUUUCCCCAAAUUGAAAAAUCUCGACUGUGACAAAACUAGCAGAUGCGCCAUGUGGUGCCAGUUUAACUAAUAUGGUUUUUAUCAAAUAUUCUUAUUGAAGCAUAAUAUAUUGGAAGUACUGUAUUGCAAUAAUAAUGAAGCUGCGCUUAUACAUAAAGCUUCUUCAAUACACCUUUUGAGAAACGUGUAUAGUACUCCACUUUAGACAUUUUCUUCGUUGCAAAAUUUUGUCAUUUGAAUAUGAGAUUUGAAGUCUGGGGGUGAGUGGUAUAGUAUCUUAUUGUUGAAAUAAUUUUUUUUGUUCCGCUAUUGUUAAUUAUAAAAUUUUUACGACAGUAUUGAAUGAGGUGACGGUAUGUAUUUUCUUAUUUUCAAUAUGAUAUGUCAACGUAAGAGGAACCUUCGUGAUUGUUAGAUAUGGAUAUUACAUGCUACGUUACAUAAAAGAUAAUCUUAUUUUGUCCUAUAGGAAAAGGAACAUUAUCAUAAUGAGCAAAGGGGUAUGAUUAGGAUCUUUUUAAUGAAAACUAAUUUUAAGGUUACGCAAUUAAAUAUUAUGUUCUUA